UCCAAUGAAUUUUGUGGAGUGGGGAGGCUGCAGACGAUGAGUGCAGAGUGUACGCAGUCCACGAAUUUCAUUGAAUAAAAUAUAAAAAAGUGUUGUAAAAGGAAUUGGCUUGAAUCGUUUGGGCCCAACAAUGAGUGCAGAACUGCAUACACAGUUGAUUCUGAAAGAAGAGACGAUAGAACCUGCCAACGAGACCCUGGAGUUCGUCGAUGACAGUACGAUUGGAGUACGCGAGGGAACGGAGGGCUCCAUCAGGCCCAGACCACUCAUUUGUAAACCAGAGAAUGUAAACAUUGAUUGCAAAUCCGAGCCAAUCGAGAAUAAAUGGCACUGGGCACCUGGGGCAUGGCAGGAUGCGACGAGAACAAGUGCAUUCCAACCUUACAAACCCCCUACACUCCUCACAAAUCUCCAAAGAGGCAACACGAAGACUGAAAUACCCCAACUGUACACUGGGAGUGACAUCACCUUCCACACACUGGCAGGACAGGGUGAAUUGACAUCUGUUAAUCUGCAAUCUGGGAAGAUUGAUGCGCCAGAUGAGAACGGCUUGACUGCGUUGAUGUGGGCAGCGACUUAUGGACAACUGGGAAGUGCCAGGAUGCUGCUCAAGGCUGGAGCUGAUAAGAAUUAUCAGGGGCUCAAUGGGGAGACUGCACUGCACCUGGCAGCUUCCUCUGGGCAGCAUGAUCUAGUUAAAUUACUUCUCAAUCAGGGGGCUGAUGUUGAUGCCACUGAUGACGAGGGAAAUACUCCACUAAUUUAUGGAGCAUACGGAGACCAUCCUCACGUGUGCUAUGAACUGCUGACUAGAAAGGCCGAUCUGACUCAUCGAAAUGCUCACAACAUCAGUGCUUAUCAUGCUGCUAUUUUGAAUAAGUCUCAUACAGCCAAGGCUGUUAUAGAAAAUUAUUUGAUUCAACACUGGGUUCUGUCAUGA